AGAAGCAAACGUGGAUGGCUACAAGACGGGCAAAAAAACUGAAUCUGACCUUACAGAUAUGUAUUAUCAACUGUUCAACUUCAAAAAACUGGGCUUCAGGUCAAGAUCAAAGUUGACAACUGGCAAGAAGCAAUUCGAUUUAGAGAAUGUUACGACAGCGACAUCAAAGCGAAGAGUACAUGCUGUAUUGCAGUAUAAAACUGUAAUACAAUUUGGAAUCGCGACGUCAAUGCUGCCAAAAACAUCUUUCUAACGAGACCUACAUGUGUGAUUGAUAUCAUUCCUUCA